CCCCUCACCCCUACCCACCCCUACUAGGGCAAUUUUUUUUCCAUAGUUGAUCGGACGGUCAGUCGUUAUCCUCAAGCAUGACCAUGCUGAAUCCUCAACCGUUGGAUCAGCAGGAAGAAGAGGAGAUGCUUGUGCCACAUUCUGACUUAGUUGAAGGUCCUCAGCCCUUAGUUGAAGGGCCUCAGCCCAUGGAAGUGGCACCUGCUGAGAAUGCUAGUACGGGGGAGAGUCAAGCCGUAGAUGAGCCACAGGCAUCCCGGUUUACUUGGACAAUUGACAAUUUCUCUCGGUUAUCUGUGAAGAAGCUAUAUUCCGAGGCUUUUGUUGUUGGUAGUUAUAAAUGGCGAGUGCUUAUAUUUCCAAAAGGAAACAACGUGGAUUGUUUGUCAAUGUAUUUAGAUGUGGCAGAUUCAUCUACAUUGCCAUAUGGGUGGAACAGAUAUGCCCAGUUCAGCUUAGCUGUUGUAAAUCAAAUAAACCCCAAAUAUUCAGUGAAAAAAGAGACGCAACACCAGUUUAACCAAAGAGAGAGUGACUGGGGCUUCACAUCUUUCAUGCUUCUAAGUGAUCUUUAUGACCCCAAUAAGGGAUAUCUUGUAAAUGAUAAAGUUGUUAUUGAAGCCGAUGUUGCUGUACGAAAGGUCAUUGAUUACUGGACAUAUGACUCAAAGAAGGAGACAGGAUAUGUUGGGCUUAAGAAUCAGGGAGCUACUUGUUACAUGAACUCUCUCCUACAAACCUUGUACCAUAUCCCCUACUUUAGAAAGGCUGUGUAUCACAUGCCAACUACAGAGAAUGACAUGCCAUCGGGGAGCAUCCCGUUGGCUCUGCAAAGUUUAUUUUAUAAGCUCCAAUAUAGUGAUACCAGUGUGGCGACAAAAGAAUUGACAAAAUCUUUUGGAUGGGACACAUAUGAUUCAUUCAUGCAGCAUGAUGUGCAAGAACUAAACAGAGUGUUGUGUGAAAAGCUUGAAGACAAGAUGAAGGGUACGGUUGUGGAAGGGACAAUUCAAAAGUUAUUUGAGGGGCACCAUAUGAAUUACAUAGAAUGUAUCAAUGUGGACUUCAAAUCAACGAGAAAAGAGUCAUUUUAUGAUCUUCAACUCGACGUCAAAGGCUGUCGCGAUGUUUAUGCCUCUUUUGACAAAUAUGUUGAAGUUGAACGUCUAGAAGGCGAUAAUAAGUACCAUGCUGAAGAACAUGGUUUGCAGGAUGCAAAAAAAGGUGUACUAUUUAUUGACUUCCCUCCAGUUCUCCAGCUUCAGCUAAAAAGAUUUGAAUAUGAUUUCAUGCGAGAUACAAUGGUUAAGAUAAAUGACCGUUAUGAAUUUCCUCUAGAACUUGACCUUGAUAGGGAGAAUGGCAAAUAUUUGUCUCCUGAUGCAGAUAGGAGCGUCCGGAAUCUCUACACACUUCAUAGUGUGUUGGUUCAUAGUGGUGGUGUGCAUGGUGGACACUAUUAUGCUUUCAUCAGGCCAACACUAUCAGAUCAAUGGUAUAAGUUUGAUGAUGAACGGGUGACAAAAGAAGACUUGAAGAGGGCUCUAGAGGAACAAUAUGGUGGAGAGGAGGAGUUGCCACAGACAAAUCCUGGCUUCAAUAACACUCCCUUUAAGUUUACAAAAUACUCCAACGCGUACAUGCUUGUUUAUAUACGUGAGAGUGACAAGGAUAAAAUAAUUUGUGAUGUCGGUGAGAAAGACAUUGCGGAACACCUAAGGAUAAGGUUGAAGAAAGAACAAGAAGAGAAGGAGGACAAGAGACGAUACAAAGCACAGGCCCACCUUUAUACAAUUAUCAAGGUUGCACGUGAUGAGGAUCUUAGGGAGCAGAUAGGAAAGGAGAUAUAUUUUGAUCUUGUUGAUCAUGACAAAGUUCGUAGCUUUCGAAUUCAGAAACAGAUGCCUUUUAACCUUUUCAAGGAGGAAGUUGCAAAAGAAUUGGGUCUCCCAGUUCAAUUCCAGCGUUUCUGGAUUUGGGCAAAGCGGCAAAAUCACACAUAUCGGCCCAAUCGCCCAUUAACUCCGCAGGAGGAACUACAAACCGUUGGUCAGUUAAGGGAAGUUUCUAACAAGACCAACAAUGCUGAGUUAAAAUUAUUUUUGGAAGUGGACCUUGGCCUGGAUCUCGUUCCUAGUCCUCCACCUGACAAAAGUAAAGAUGAUAUACUCCUUUUCUUUAAGCUUUAUGAUCCUGAGAAAGAAGAGCUUCAAUAUGUUGGUAGGCUUUUUGUGAAGAGUACUAGUAAGCCAAUUGAAAUACUUCCAAAACUGAAUGAAUUGGCUGGAUUUGCUCCUGACCAAGAAAUUGACCUUUUUGAGGAAAUAAAAUUUGAACCUUCUGUCAUGUGUGAAAGACUAGAUAGAAAGGCUUCAUUUCGAUUUAGCCAGAUUGAAGAUGGUGACAUUAUAUGCUUUCAAAAGAAAGCUUUGCCUGAAGUUGAAGAACAAGUCCGAUUUCCGGAUGUUCCUUCAUAUCUGGAAUAUGUAAAAAAUCGCCAGAUUGUCCACUUUCGAGCACUGGAGAAACCGAAGGAGGAUGAUUUCUGUCUAGAGUUAGCAAAAAGUGAUACAUAUGAUGAUGUAGUGGAGAGAGUGGCGCAACGGCUUGGUGUGGAUGAUCCCUCCAAAAUUAGGCUUACUCCACACAACUGCUACUCUCAGCAACCCAAGCCUAACCCCAUCAAAUAUCGGUCUGUGGAUCAUUUGGUAGACAUGCUAAUCCAUUACAAUCAGAUUUCUGAUAUACUUUAUUACGAAGUUCUGGACAUUCCUCUGCCAGAAUUACAAUGUCUGAAGACGCUCAAAGUUGCUUUUCAUCAUUCUACGAAGGAUGAGGUUGAAAUUUUGAAUGUAAGAUUGCCUAAGCAGAGUACCGUGGGGGAUGUUCUUAAUGAAAUCAAAUCAAAGGUAGAGUUGUCCCAUCCAAAUGCAGAGCUUAGAUUACUCGAAGUCUUCUAUCACAAGAUUUAUAAGAUCUUUCCGCUCACUGAAAAGAUUGAGAAUAUAAAUGACCAGUAUUGGACAUUGCGGGCAGAGGAGAUACCAGAGGGGGAGAAAAAUCUUGGUCCCCAUGAUCGUCUAAUUCAUGUUUACCAUUUCACGAAAGAGACUCCACAAAAUCAAAUGCAAGUGCAGAAUUUUGGAGAACCUUUCUUUCUGGUCAUCCAUGAAGGUGAAACUUUAGCGGAGAUUAAAGUGCGCAUUCAAAAGAAAUUGCAGGUUCCAGAUGAGGAGUUUUCUAAGUGGAAAUUUGCAUUUUUAUCAUUGGGGCGCCCGGAAUACCUUCAGGAUUCGGACAUUGUAUCCAGCCGCUUUCAGAGGAGAGAUGUUUAUGGUGCUUGGGAGCAGUACCUUGGAUUGGAACAUGCAGAUAAUACAUCUAAGAGGCCAUAUGUUAGUCAGAACCGCCACACCUUUGAAAAGCCAGUCAAGAUAUACAAUUGAAUAGGGUCUGUUGAUACUCCAGCAGGGCUUUGGUUGUACAGUGUACACCCCUCACGAGCUAGAAGGGAUAUGUAAAAGAGUUGUGAGCUAUGGCAGGAUGAUAAGUAGAAUGAAGAGAAGAGAUUAGCAUGAAUAUUAUUUUCCUCCUGGUAAUUUGGUCAGACUGCAGGCUAUUAUUCUUCCUUUUAGUUUGGUUUGGGUAAGGGAGGUUUGUAUUUUGCUCUUUAGUUUAGUUAGGAUGUGCGCUGCAGUUUCUGCCCUCGCCUUCAGCUAUUACUCUGCUGAGGGUUGGGUCUUUUUGACAUUAUCUUCUGCAUAUAAGAUUUUGGUUGAAGGGAUGUAUAGUUGAUAUAGUUGGGUGCAUUGACUUGCAUUAUCUGCAUUUUAUUUUACAGAAUUUUCCCAGUCCUCAGUUUGGUUGUAUGUAAUGUCAUACUUGUGAGGGAUGGGCUUGUAAAAUCUCCCUAUAGUAUUGGUAUAUGUUUCUUUGCUUCA